AUGCCAUUGAUUGGAAUUAAAACUAAUUUAAAAACUAGCCAAAUUCCAGAAAAUUUUGUGGUUGAUGUAGCUAAAGUAGCUGGUGAUGUGGUUGGUAAACCUGUGUCGGUAAGGCGUUUUUUAUUUUACUGUUUCUUAAGACGGAGUUUUAAAAAUUUUAGUUUUUUGUCCGUUUUACGCUUUAAACUUAAGAUAUUAUUGAUUGACUUAAGCCCAAUUAGGUCUAAAAAUCUAUUUUUUAAUUAAAAAGUUACUUUACAUUGGUUUUAUACGUAAUAGUUAAAUGUAGUAGAGUUGUUUUAAAAUUUCAAAAGAAUUGUGUUAAGGCUUUGACUUAGGCUUAAGCUUAGACUUGCUCUGAAGAAAGUAAACUUUUUUUCGUUUUUUGUUUUAUGUUUUUUUUAGAAAGUACUAUGCUUCUUAACCACAGAUCAACAAAUGUCAUUUGGUGGUACUACUGAACCUUGUGCUUUGGUUACGUUGAGAUCCAUUGGUAAUAUUCAUGAUAGAUCAGAUAAAAUUGUCAGUGAACUUACCAAGUUCUUGGUCAAAUGUCUCGAACUAUCUCAAGAUCGGUGAGCUUUAAAAUUUAUAUUGUCCAGGGUGAUAUUAUUAUUAGGGAAGUAAUUUUAGUAUAGGUGUUGAUGAGCUGUGUGGAAGAAGGAGGUAGAUAAUGGGAAGAAUACUAGGCUUAUAUGUACGAUAUUAUACUAUAUUUAACUAAGAAUUACUUUAAGGUAGAUUAAGGUACAAUAAGGUAAGAUUGAGUAAGGUAUAAUAUGAUUUUUUUGUUUUUAACUACUGGAAACCUAAAUUUUUUUUUCAGAUUUUACAUUUUGUUUCAAGACCUGUCGUUAGAUGAUAUAGCCUACAAAGGAUUGGUUAUGAGAGAACUUAGAAAGCAACAAGUUUGA